UAAAAUUUUGUUUCAAACUGCUUUCGAAUAUUCAAACUCUAUUUCUCUCUCUCUAAAGUUGCAAUAUUUACAAUUUGAAUCCUUCAAAAACACUGAAAGAGAAGAUAGCUAAGCCCAAGUUUGACUAAAACCCCAUGAAAGUUUUUUAAAUUUUUUUUCUUCUCCUCCUCCUCAGAAGCCUAUUUGGUUCUUGGAGAGAAUUUUUUAUCAAAUUUUCUUGGUAGAUUCCUGUCCAAAGUUUGGGUCUUUUUUUUGGUGGGUUUUGGUCUUUAUGUUGAAAGAUUAAAAGAGUUUUUGUAGAAAAAAGGAAUAGUAUGAGAUCAAAGAAGAUGUCCAUCAAGUUGUGAAGGGAUUUUAGUUUUAGACAAGGGUUGUGCUGCUUGAAUUUCUGGGGCAAAGUUAAAGGUUCCUGUUCUUAGAGAAGGUGAUUAGAUAGUCAAUUUUGGUUGAAGAUUUUAGAAGGAUAUUUAAGACGUCAAACAAUAAACACACAAAACAUUAUGGUUGCGAAGGGACGUCCGAAUGCUACCAACUCUCCGAAAGUGGAGGUGGGAGAGAUAGACACCAGUGCACCUUUCCAAUCUGUUAAAGAUGCUGUUACUCUUUUUGGAGAAGGCUCUCUCUCAGGGGAAAAACCUUCCCUCAAAAAGGCAAAAGCUCAAUCUGCGGAGAGAGUUCUAGCGAAGGAGACUCAGCUUCAUCUCACUCGGAAAGAGUUGAAAAAGUUAAAGGAUCAAAUAGAAAAUGCCGAGACAACCAAGGCUCAAGCACUUGUAGAGCUAGAAAGGGCUAAAAGGACCCUUGAGGAACUGUCUCAUAAACUCAAAACUGUUAACGAGUCGAAAGAAUAUGCAAUCAAGGCUACAGAAGCUGCAAAGAAUCAAACAAAGCAGAUUGAAGAGGCAAAUUCUGAUAUUCUUCCCGGACCUGACAGAGCUAGGAGCCUGGACUUGGAAACUGCUAGGGAACAAUACAUGACUGUAAUUACCGAACUUGAUGUGGCUAAACAAGAAUUGAGGAAGCUUCGUCAGGACCGUGAUGCAUCCUUAGAAGCAAAAAUUGCUGCCUUCAAACAAACAGAAGAAGCUGAACAUGCAGCUAAGAUUAACAUGGAGAGGGUUGGAGAGGUGUCCAGGGAAAUUUCUUAUGUACAGGAGUCAAUCGGACAAGUGAAGCUUGCAUCUCUUGAAGCACAGCAAAAACAAGCCAAAAUGUUCACCGAAAAGGAUUCUCAGAGGCAAUUAUAUAAAGCUACCCUUGAGGAGUCAACAAAGAAGUUGCUUGCUUUGAAGAAUGAAUUUGACCCUGAGCUUAUGCGAAAUCUUGAAGCACAACUGGUUGAAACAGAUAAUCAGAUUGGGGAUUUGCAGAAGCAGAUGGAAAAUGUAAAGGCUUCAGAUCUGGACUAUGUGCAAACUGUUACCUCAGAGCUAGAUGGUGCUAAAGAAUCACUGCAAAAAGUCGCUGACGAAGAGAAGUCCUUGAGGAGUUUGGUGGAGUCUCUUAAGGUGGAACUAGAAAAUGUGAAGAAAGAGCAUUCAGAGCUGAAGGAGAAGGAAGCAAAAACAGAGUCCAUUGCUGGGAAUCUGCAUGUUAAGCUUCGGAAAAGUAAAGCUGAGCUUGAAACUUUCCUGGCAGAGGAAUCUAAAACAAGAGGCAACUGUGAAGAAAUGAUUUCAACCCUCCAACAGCUAUCAGUGGAAACAGAACAUGCACGGCGAGAAGCGGAAGAGAUGAAAAAGGAAGCUGAGAAGCUAAAGGUGGAAGCUGAAACCUCGAGAAUUGCACUCACAGAAGCAGAGAAGCAGCUGGCAGUUGCUCUGGAAGACACUGAAGCUGCGAAAGAAGCUGAGACUAGGGCGCUUGAUCAAAUAAAGAUUCUUUCUGAGAAAACAAAUGUUGCACGGGCCUCAACCUCCGAGUCUGGAGCCGAUAUAACUAUCUCCAGGGAAGAAUUUGAGUCUUUGAGCCGGAAAGUUGAAGAGUUGAGCAAUUUAGCUGAAAAGAAAGUUGCAGCUGCUAUGGCGCAGGUAGAAGCUGUGAAGGCUAGUGAAAACGAGGCCCUUAAGAGGUUAGAAGUGACUCAGAAAGAGAUUGAAGACAUGAAGGUUGCAACUGCAGAUGCUUUGAAGGGGGCUGACAUGGCUGAAGCUGCAAAGAGGGUUGUGGAGGGAGAGCUCCGAAGGUGGCGUGAAAGGGAACAAAAGAAAGCAGCCGAAGCUGCAUCCCGGAUCCUAGCAGAAGCACAGAUGACAACAGAUUCAUCCCCGCAGCACUACAGAAUUCGAAAGCCAUACCCACCAGAGAAAAUUGUUCAGGUUAGCAAGUUAGAAAAGGAAAAGUCUUCCAUCUCAAAAAAGGUCCUCUUACCUAAUAUCAGCGGCAUCUUCAAUCGGAAAAAGAACCAAAUUGAGGGUGGAUCUCCCUCUUAACUACCUGGUGAGAAGCAAAUGUACUGUAACAUUCCCUGAUCUUUGUACAUUUUAUCAAUGGUUGAGAGAAACAUAUAUUUGGUUGUGUACAUCUGAGAACUGUGGAAUCAAACCCCUGUUAGUUUUGUCUGGCGUCAGGAAUUUAAAUUGGAAAUAUCCAAGGAUUAGUUUGCAAACAACAUGGAGUAAAUGGCAUCUGUGUAUAUGGCUAGUAUUUGGUU